AUGAUAAGUGGAGGAAGCGCAUCUAAUUCCAAUGUUGUUGGUCCAAUUUCAUCUUCCCUCCAUACAACAACAACAACAUCCAACUCAAGUGCUUCUAAUGAUAAUAAUAAUAAUAAUAAUACACAGAUCCUUCCACAACAACAGCAACAUCAACAAGAAGCAAGUAGUUUGACCUCUUUCUUAACUUCACAACAAGGAGUAGGUAAUAACAACAACAACAAUAACAACACUACUCCAAUAACAACAACAACAAUAUUAGCAUCAGGAGGAGGGGAACAAAUUUCCCAGCAACAAUCUUCUCAUCAUGCUAUUGUUAUUGGUGGUGCAAAUACUAAUACCUCACUUUUACCACCAUUGGCUAAAUCCACUCCAAUCAUGACUACAACAACACUUAAUGGUACUAGCGCUGCUAAUCAACCAAGUUCAUCAUCAACAACAUCACAAUUUGUGCCUAUUGCCCCAGCAACGAGUAAUCCACACAAUAAUUCACUAAGUGUACAACCAGCUCAUUCCUCAGAUCAUGUAGCUGAACAUCAUACAAAGAGUGUUCCGUCAAAUUCCUCCGUGAAUGUAUCCAAUAACAAUGUGCCAUCUAAUGUUUCUUCCUCACAACAAGCUAGAAGACCCAAACCUGUUCAAAUUGGUUUUAUGCCACCAGUAUCCUUGUGUGUUUUGAUGGAACAAAUGGCCUCUAAGAUUCAUCAACACUAUCAACCUCAAAAACCACCUAGUUCAUCUAAGAAAUCAGAAUUAUCCUCUCAAAAAAAGGAUGUAGCAGGGGAAUCAUCUUCCACCCUUAAUUCCAACAGUAGUGAAGAUGCUAAGAAAACAGAAACAAUGUUAACUGAUGAUAAGACUAACAAUCAAUCUAACGAAACAAAUGCUAAUGUAAUAUCUACUUCUAGGAAUGUUUCAUCAACUAGUCAAGGAAGAUCCAAGUCACCAGGGUCAACUCCAUCUCUCUACGAUAUUUUAAAUGAGGAAUAUCAUUCCAACUAUUCCAAUUAUCAAGAAUUGAUUCAUGCAACAAAUUUGAUUGUUGAAUUUUUAUAUGGAAAUACUGAUCUUAAAGAGAGAUACCAUCCAUUUCAUUCACAGUUUGCUAGUCAACAACAUCCAUCCUUUUCUUGGGUUUAUAUGGUACCACCUGACCAAACUCCUCCAGUUAUGUACCCUAGUGCACCAUCAACAAUAGGUUCAUCAUCUUCACAUUCUGGAGUUGCAAUUCCAAUUUCUACUCCUGUAAAAUCUGGAAGAGGCACAAGAUCUGACAUUACGCCAACUUCUAAUUUCAAAUCUGCUUCAACGGGCAGUAGUUCAGCAGCAAGUUCACAUGAUACAUUGGAAAUUCCUCCUCCAGUUUUUGCCAUGCCAAAACCAAAUAAUGGCAGUUCAGAGGCUUCAACUCCAAUGAGAGUAAGAAUUGCACCAAAUACUGGUGGCGGUACUGCCAUGCUACCAAUACCUGAACAUCAACAUAUUUCACCAUUCCCAAUACGGGCCAAGGAAGAAGAUUUGAUGGAAGAAGAUAAAAGAAAGAGAAGAAUCAGCAAGAAACCAGAAACUGGAGAAGGAACAACUGGAAGUGAUGAACAAGAGAAUAAGUUCGUUUGUUAUAUUUGUGACAAAUCUGUUAUUGAUAAGAGUACCAAAUAUACACUCACCUCAAGUAAUUUUUCAUCAUUCCAUGAAGUUUUCCCUCAUUUAAAGACUCCACUUUUGGGUGAAUCAAAGAGAAUUUGUGCUAAUUGCUAUCACAAAAAGUAUAGAAAUUCUAGAAAAAAGAAGGCUGACGAUAAGAAGGAUGUAAUUAGUCAAGGUUCUUCCAAUGUCAUGUCAGUUGAUGCACAAUCUGAAAGUUAUGAACCAACUUACUGUUGUUGUGUUUGUAAAAAGAAUGGAAGUGAUGAAUUUACUGAAACUAACUUUGUAAAUGUACAAAAUUAUAGAUCAUAUCUUACCUACUUCCCAUUCAUAUCGGAUACUCCAACUGCAGAUAGACAAAUACCUGUUUGUGAUGCCUGUCAUGCAACAUAUUUACAAGCAGAAAAUCAAGAAAAGAAGAGAAAGUUCAUGCAUAUGCCAAAUAUUCCAAAUGCUGUUGACACCCUUGAAUCCCUCAAUAAGAAACUGAAACCAGAUACAAGCCAUCUGUAAUUGUAAUAAAUAACUGUAGACUAGUUUUGU